UGAGUGGCAGUGAGCAUUCCAGUAUUAUUACAUUUCAGUGGCCUAUGUCAAAGGAGUAUGAUUAUUGUGCUAUGAGGUUGAGGAUUAACCGUAGACAUAGAUUAGCACUGGGAUUAACUCUUGAAAACGCUCUUGGACAAAGAAAAUCUAACCUAUGAUGUAUAAAUACCGUCAUACAUAACGUUGUUACCUCUAUUACUGUCUCAAAUAAGUGAAAAGUUAGGCGGCCGAAGCUGAAGAAUAUUGGCCAAAAUGAGUCAUAUAAUAGUAAUUCGCAGCUACAAACCGAGCGACAAUCUCGAAUGUCGAGAAAUAGCGAAGGAGAGUGUAAUGUCAUCUAUAAAUACCGCGUUCGUCGGUAAUUUGGUUAAGGAAGUUACAUUCGAACUAAUGAUAUUAUUUGCCGCACUCUUAUUCAUUUUUUGUGGGAUUCAUUUCACCAUCUGUCUGCUAGUAGUUCCUGUAGUUGUUAUUUUGACCUAUAUAUCAACCUAUGUGUCGCUCACGGCUCGAUCCAUGGAGGUCGCACAAGAAAUAUCUAAUAUUCCGAAGUUCUACCUGUCAAAUCCGUUUUCUGGAUUUUGGGUGGCCGAAGCUUUUGAACCCAACAUAAUGACGAGCCAACCAAAAGAUUGCUAUUAUUCCAUAAUGUCAGAAAAUCAACUUCAGGAAUCUAACAUCGACGUGUCAUUACAAUCAAAACGAAUUAUUGGAACAAUAGGGCUGACAAAAAGUUACAGAGUCGGCAAGAGUGCAUGGAUCAAAAGACUGGCAGUAAAGCAUUCAUAUCGGAGGAAGGGAAUUGGAUCUUGUCUUCUUGAUACUGCUGUCCAGUUUGCUAUAAAUCAAGGUUAUGGUUCGGUAGAAACCAUUGCGUCAGAAUACACAGAGGGUGGAAGAGAAAUAUGCCUCAAAAAAGGGUUUGAGCUGAAGCAGAUGUACCACAGGCACCUCAUUGGCUCCCUGAUUACCAUUCUGAUGUACGAAUUGACUUACCAAAUCGAACUACCAGAUACAACAACUCCACCACAAAUUUCAUACAUCAGAUCAUUCAAGCAACGCUAAUUGAAGCUCAUGGGACAUUAGAGUUAGUGAAUAAUUUACCGUCUUGGAAGCUGAUACUCAAGGACCCAGAUUUGUUUCAUAGUCAAAAGUGACCUACUUGAAUGUUCACAUUGAAUGCUUAUUGAUCUUGUGCUUCUGAAUCAGUUCUAUUUAGUAAUACGAUUAUUAUUAUUGCUAUCAUUUCCA